UGGUUUGUGGCGUUCACGCUUCACGCUCGCGCUAGCGCAAAGAGGCGGGUUUCAAAAUAGGUACGCUUCGCCUGUACAUACUCGCACAUAACCGUCAUUGUCAGCGGGGGACCGCGUAAAAUCUGUGCUAACGUGGGCCGGAGAGAAACUCGCGAAAUGUCAGAUGAGGAGGAUUUCAUGUGCGAGGAAGAGGAGGAUUACGGAUUGGAGUAUUCUGAGGAUUCCAACUCUGAGCCAGACGUCGAUUUAGAAAAUCAAUAUUAUAAUAGUAAAGCUCUCAAGGAGGAUGACCCGAAAGCUGCUUUACAAAGUUUUCAGAAAGUACUGGAUCUGGAAGGCGGCGAGAAGGGAGAAUGGGGCUUCAAGGCUCUCAAACAAAUGAUCAAAAUUAAUUUUAAACUGUCCAAUUAUAAAGAGAUGAUGUCGAGGUAUAAACAAUUGUUAACGUACAUUAAAAGUGCAGUUACUAGAAAUCACUCGGAAAAGUCAAUAAAUUCCAUAUUGGACUAUAUUAGUACAUCAAAGAAUAUGGAGUUAUUGCAAGACUUCUAUGAAACCACAUUAGACGCAUUAAAAGAUGCAAAGAAUGAUAGGUUAUGGUUUAAAACAAAUACAAAAUUGGGAAAAUUAUAUUACGAUCGUUCAGAUUUUAAUAAAUUGGCGAAAAUACUAAAACAGCUUCAUCAAAGUUGUCAGACUGAUGAUGGAGAAGAUGAUCUGAAAAAAGGAACGCAGUUAUUAGAAAUUUAUGCCUUAGAGAUACAGAUGUAUACAGCACAAAAAAAUAAUAAGAAAUUGAAAACACUUUAUGAACAGAGCCUACAUAUUAAAAGUGCUAUUCCCCAUCCACUAAUUAUGGGUGUUAUUAGAGAAUGUGGGGGUAAGAUGCAUUUAAGAGAAGGUGAAUUUGAAAGAGCUCACACCGACUUUUUCGAAGCCUUUAAAAACUAUGACGAGUCUGGUUCACCGAGACGUACAACAUGUUUAAAGUACUUAGUUUUGGCCAAUAUGUUAAUGAAGUCUGGUAUUAAUCCUUUUGAUUCACAAGAGGCAAAACCAUACAAGAACGAUCCUGAAAUUCUAGCAAUGACGAACUUAGUUGUCAGUUAUCAGAAUAAUGAUAUUAAUCAAUUUGAAUUAAUUCUAAAACAAAAUAGGAACAAUAUUAUGGAUGAUCCUUUUAUCAGGGAACACAUUGAGGAUUUAUUACGGAACAUACGUACACAGGUAUAUCUCAUAUCUUCAGCUUAUAUUAAUGUUAGCAUUAACUAA